CCCCGGCCCCCAGGAGGAGGCGCUGACGCAGCAGCGUGGAGCCCGGGAAUUGAGCGCCCCCGGGGGGUUCCAGCCGCCGGAUUCCAGCCCGGCCGGGGCCUGCGGGCGCCCAGAGCAGCGCGGUCUGCGACGCCCGUCCCGAUUGGGGGGACUCCAUGACACAUACUCGGAGGAAGUCUCUUUCCAUGCUGAGUUCUGGCCCCACUGGCCGCCAGGAGCCCCUGCAAAUGGAAGACAGUAAUGUGGAGCAGGCGGCUGAGGGUGUGGAGCCAGGCAUGCCUGAGAGCCCUGGGCACCUCUCUGGACGCCGCAAGAACUACCCACUGCGUAAGCGCCCAUUGGUGCCUGAGAAACCCAAGGCCUGCAAAGUCCUGCUGACUCGCCUGGAAAAUGUGGCUGGUCCACGAAGUGCAGAUGAGGCUGACGAGCUCCCCCCUGACCUGCCCAAGCCCCCCAGCCCUGCCCCAUCUAGUGAGGACACUGGCCUUCCACAACCCCGCAAGCGGCGACUGGCAUCCCUCAAUGCAGAGGCCCUCAAUAAUCUGCUGCUGGAGCGGGAGGACACCAGUAGUGUGGCAGGUGCCCGCCGCAAUCGAGGGGGAGACCCACACCGGAGCCGGGACCGUGACCGGGCUGCUGGCAGCUGGUCUUCCUCCAAGAAGCGGCCUCGGCUGGGAGAUCUUGGGGAAGGAAGCCGUGACCUAUCCCCAGAGCCAGCACCAGAUGAAAGUGGCCGCCGAGAUGGAGAUCCUGCUCCCAAGAGACUGGCUAGCCUGAAUGCAGCUGCUUUCCUGAAGCUGAGCCAGGAGCGAGAACUGCCCCUUCGGCCUCCUCGUGGCCACGCAGAAGCAGAUGGGCGCUCUGCUGAGCCCCCUGCACCCAAGGUCCUGCGGCCAAAGUGGGCCAAGGUCAAUGGCAAGAACUAUCCAAAAACCCGGCAGGGGGCUGGCUCUGGAGAGGCUACAGGCUGGCAAGGGCAUACUAAUGAGCCAAGGCCAUCAGCCACUCCUCGAGGGCCAUCCGUCCAGCCAUCUUACCAGCCCUUGAGCAAGGCUCUGGAGAAUCCUUUGGGGAUACAUCCCCAUCUGCCUCUCUUGAUGGGUGGGCAGGCAGCCCUGAAGCCAGAACCUGGGCGCCCAGGUGAAGAGUCACCUGCCCCAAAGCAGGAACUACAUCAGCCCUCUUUCCCAGCACCACAGCUGUCUCCGCUGCCAAUGCCCGGCAACCCUGCCGACUACAGCGGUUUGUGUGGAGGGCCUGAGCUCACUGCACUUGGCAGUUUCUACCUGUACUGUGGCCAGGAUGGGCUACAGUGUGGGGGCUACUCCUCCUGUCCCAUGCUCCCUGAGGGCAAGCUGUCUCCAGUGGCUGCCCCUAAGGAGGGGCUCCUCUUAGCCCCAAGCUCCGUGCCCUCCGGCACCCCUUUCCAGCACCCUCCCUGGAGCUCCUCUCGCUACUGCUCCAGUGAGGACACUGGAGUGAAUGGCUAUAGCAUCUGUGGAGUGCUGCCUCUGUCUCUUACCCGCAUUGGCACUACCUGUGGUGGCUGCCCCUACAAAAUGCCUUUUGCAGCAGAAAGCUGCAGGUCCCUGGGCCAGCUGGAAUUUCCUCUCCCAGAAGCUGGCCACCCAGCUUCCCCUGCACACCCGCUCUUGGGAUGCCCUGUGCCCAGCGUGCCACCUGCAGCAGAGCCUGUCCCCUAUCUUCAGACCCCUACUUCGGAGCCCCAGACGGUAGCCCGAGCAUGCCCUCAGAGCGCCAAGCCUCCCAGUGGCUCCAAGUCAGGUCUGCGCACAGGCUCUGGCUGCAGGCACAAUGCCAGAAGCAAGGCUGCCCGCAGGCCGAGCCACCCUAAGCAGCCGCGUGCCCAGCGUCCACGUCCUCGCCGCCGCCGCCGUCGCCGCACCAAUGGCUGGGUGCCUGUUGGAGCUGCCUGUGAGAAGGCCGUCUAUGUCUUGGAUGAGCCAGAACCAGCUAUCCGAAAGAGCUACCAGGCAGUCGAGCGGCACGGAGAGACAAUCCGAGUCCGGGACACUGUUCUCCUCAAAUCAGGGCCAAGAAAGACAUCUACACCUUAUGUGGCCAAGAUUUCUGCCCUCUGGGAGAACCCCGAGUCAGGAGAGCUGAUGAUGAGCCUCCUAUGGUAUUACAGACCUGAGCACUUACAGGGAGGCCGGAGCCCCAGCAUGCAUGAGCCUUUGCAGAAUGAAGUUUUUGCAUCUCGACAUCAGGACCAGAACAGUGUAGCCUGCAUUGAGGAGAAAUGCUACGUGCUGACCUUUGCUGAGUACUGCAGAUUCUGUGCUAUGGCCAAGCGCCGAGGUGAGGGCCUUCCCAGCCGAAAGACAGCACUGGUGCCUCCUUCUGCAGACUACUCCACCCCGCCACACCGCACAGUGCCCGAGGACACGGACCCUGAGCUGGUGUUCCUUUGCCGCCAUGUCUAUGACUUCCGCCAUGGCCGCAUCCUCAAGAACCCCCAGUAGCCUCCUUGCGCCCACACUGGGGCUGCCCAUGAGCAAGUGGGGUUCUGGGCAGGGGGCACUGCUUGAAGCACAGCACUUGGUUGAGGGGCCACAGGGUCUCGGUUGCUGUCCUGUGGUUCUCUUGAGGGGAUGAGGGCAGGGGCCCCUAUGGAGUUUGGGUCCCUGGGAGGGAAGGGUAGGUCAGGGUUUAAGAAAAGGAUCAAGGCCCUCAGGUUGGCCCAGGAUGCCUAUCUGUGAUUCCCUGGGUUGACGCUCCUGAAGAAGCAGUCUUCCCGGAGGCUGGGUCAUACCUGAGGGACGCAGUCUAGGGAGGCACCUGGGCAAGGAGGGAGGAGUGAGGUCCUUCAGGAACCAAGCCCAACAGGCCCUUCCAUAGCCUCCCCUGAGCCCUCCACUGGGGCCAGAGCCAGCUUUACCUCACCCACUGUGACCCGCUGCUUCCCUGUCAGCCUGGGACCAGGCUCUCCCAGAUUCUAGCACAGUUCUGAGCUUGUUCUUUGAGGCAGAGAGCGCCAGGGGCUGGCUUCCAGAGCAUUGAGUUCCUCUUCCUGGCCUUGGGCCAUUUCCCUGGCCUUUUUCCUUUGCCCCUGAAGUAGCCACUGAUGCUGGGACAUGUUGACCUGGCCCUUGACAGUCAAGAUAGGUGGCCCACUUGUGGGAGUCAGCUUCCUGCCUGCCUCCUCUUGAGGGGUGCCCAGAAGGUCUGACUUUCCAGAAAACUAACUGAUCAUUGUGGAGUUUGUCAUGUCUGGGAGAAAGAUGGGUGCUGGGAAAGGGUGGGGGGCAGGGGGCAAGGAAAAUUGCUACCUGAUUUGUUGAAGAUUCUUCCUCUUGCCUUACACUUGGAGGUUCUGGGAAACCUCUUGCAGAACUUCACACAUGACUCUUCAAGCCACACCCACCUGAAAUCAAACCAAAGGAGCGCUGUGGCUCCCCUUGCCCUGCCACCCCUUCCCCUAGUCUUUUGUAGAUUGCACUAAUUUACAUCCCAGCCAGAAUCAACACUGUAGCAGUCCACAGACCUGCUGAGCUGCAGCCUCUCCCUUGAGUAGCUGCAGACCUGCAUUUUCAGUGUGUUCUAUGCCCAGCCAGAGGCCCUGCUCUCAACUCCAGCUGCUCCCCAGGAUAGAUUGAUGAGGCCACUCAGCCCCCUACUGUCCUUUCCUGGACUAGACUGCCCCUAACCCUGGGCUGUCUUUGAGGGGUUGGAAGCCUAGUUAUUUCCUAGUUGUACCAAAGAGGAGCAUAGUGGGGAGAGGAAGUGGGUGCAGUGUGACUUGGACCUGGUGCUGAGAACCUGCUAGCUGAACACUUCCACAGGAAUGAUAGCCAAGGAAGGUAGCACUGGGUCUUCUCCCAUGGAAGGGCAGACAGGCCCAGCAGGUUGCAGAGAUGGCACUGGGUAAGGACAGUCCACAGGAGCCACAGAGAGGUGGAAGUGAAUCCUGAGUGCACCCGUGAACCCUGUCCUGAUUGUAGAAGAUGGCUUGCUCCUGAUUGGUCAUUGGGCUGGGUUGGGUCUGGAGGCCCCAGAGUUGGAUUUCCCACAUCUGAAGGGAAGGGAUCUGGUCUCCUUGUUUUGAAUAAGCUGUUUGGAAGAAGGCAUGAGCCUGGGAAGGCAGGGCAGGAAGAGAUUGGCUGGCUUGCAGUGGGGACCCUGGAGAGCUAGCCUUGGAGCCCCCUCAUUCCCAAGGUGCUGCCAAGGAGUUCGGCCUCCUCUACAGGAGAGGAGACCAAGGCCCGUCCUCCCAGAAGGUAGGGUCUGCUGCCCAGGACUUAAUGCUUUUGAAGUCUCUUAGAUGUGGAAAUAUUUUUUGAAUCUGAAAAUGCAGCUGGUAGAAUUUCAAUGGAAGCAUAAUCCAUGUAAAAUAUAUUUUAGUUGAUAUUUUGUAAAAUGCACUUUUUGUGUGUGUCGAUCCUGGUUUCCCAGAUCUGUAUUUCAGUGUUUACAAGGGAGGGGAACCCUUCCUCACCUCCCUUUUGACAGAGAUUAGAAGUACUUCUUUAAGAAAAUAAUAAAUUUGAGAAAUUGUAUUGAUUUAGAAAAGGA